GUUUCUUUCAGUGUCAGUGAGUAGUCAGCUGCAAGCUCGUGGUUUAGCGGAAAUUUGUGAGAUAUUCUCUAGAUUGCAGAACUAAGCAAUGGACCAGGAGCCAGCUACGUGGAUAAAAAAAGAGGAAACGGACGAAGUAAAAACAGAGUUACACUCCAUGGCCCAAGUUUACCCAUUCAGCAUGAAUGUAAAAGAAGAGUUGGAGGAGGGUGCAAAUAAAGAGUCCAUUGAAGAUCCAUUGGGAAUAUCAUGGUCCACUGAUUUUAUCAAGGAGGAUCCUGAAUUAAAUUUGGAACUGAGUGCAGCUGAGAAUAUUAUUGACUCAGUGUACUGGUGGGAGCAGUGGCAUAUCAUGUGAAGAAACUUUUCACCAUAGACUGGUCCAGGAUGAGUUGAUGAUUGACAUGAAGUCAACAUACGAGUUUGAUACCAAUACAGAAGAUAUGACUGUUGAUAAGAACUGCUCAGUUGCCACACGAUAUAACUGUAGUACGUGGGAAAAGGAAUUACAUGUAUAUAGCUGUAAUUUCUGCCAGCAGAGCUUUCCUUCAAAAUACAGAUUGAUAAAGCAUGUGUUUAUUCACAUUGAUGGUAUGCAACCACCUUUAUAUGUUUGUAAGUGGUGUGGUGAGGUAUUUCACAGUAAUGUUAGUUUGAAAAAACAUUUGAGAAUGAGUGAGAAUUACCAUUCCUCAGCUGCUGGCAACCAUGAAAAAUAUGGCUAUAGCGAUGAGCAUCAAAGCA